AUGGUGCUUUUGCGUGUUCUUUACCCUACAUCACUCACUCCCGCUUUCUUUGUCGGCAGUAUUGCCAUCGCGAUCGGCGGCGCAUCGAGGCUUUAUUGUAUCUCGACGCUAGGAAAGCUCUGGAGCUUCCAGCUCAGCGUCAGAAAAGAGCACAGACUUGUGACAAGCGGGCCGUACUCGGUGGUUCGCCACCCAAGCUACACUGGUCUUCUUCUCCAAAGUGCGGGGUUCGCCAUCAUGCACGGAAGUCAAGGAUCAUGGAUGAGGCAAUCUGGGAUCUUACAAGUGCCUUUCAUUAUAGUAUUAGCAAUGACUAGCUUUUUCGUAUUUACCACAUUCUUCGCUUGGAUUUCCAUCAGCCGACCUCAGUUCUUCUCCGCCGCCAUCACCCGAAGAGAAGGUGGAAACCCCCCCCUGCUCGAAAUCAUCAUCCUGCAGUUUCAGAGUCUUUGGGAUAAUGAUAUAAAGAAGGUGUGUGGCUUCGAUGUAUCUGUCGUUGUUUAUAUCUGUCGGUGGACAACAUAA